AUGAAACAUAUCUUAAGUUUUUCUUUCAUUUUCCUUUUGUUUGCUACUUCUGUAUCCGGUUAUACAUUUUCAGAUCAUAUUUCUACGAAUUUUACUGCUUCGUAUCUUCAAUUCAUCAGUAACACAGGCACAUUCUUGCUGUCGCGAAACAAAACAUUCAAGGCUGCUAUAUACAAUCCUGGUAAUCAACAGACAAGUUUCUAUCUAUGCAUCAUUCAUUCCGCGUCAAACACGAUCAUUUGGUCUGCUAAUCGCGACGCGCCCAUCUCAGAUUCUGAUAAAAUGAACCUAACUGUCAAAGGGAUGACAAUUUUUGACAAAAAUGGAAACUCCAAAUGGUCGACACCGCGGCUUAAAUCAGAAGUACAGAAGCUUCAACUCACUGAGAUGGGAAACCUCGUGUUACUUGAUCAAUCCAAUGAAUCUCUUUGGGAGAGUUUUGAUCAUCCAACCGAUACAAUCGUUAUCGGACAACGUUUAUCGGCCGGAUCAUCGUUGUCUAGUGCUUCAUCCAGUUCUAAUUUGUCAACAGGAAAUUAUAUCAUGACAGUAACUUCUUCUGAUGCAAUUCUUCAAUGGUAUGGACAAACAUAUUGGAAACUUUCAAGGGAUUCAAAGGCUUACAAGAAUUCAAAUGAUGAUGUUGAAUACAUGGCAGUAAACACAAGAGGUUUUUAUCUCUUUGGACAUAAUGAAACAGUUCAUGUCUAUGAAGUUGGUUUAUCAGUAACUAGUUUUCGUUUCGCGAAAUUGGCUUUCAAUGGCCUAUUUACAGUUAGUAGCUUUUCUGGAACAAAUUUGAAGCAGGAAUUUGUUGGACCAGAUGAUGGUUGUCAAAUUCCAUUAGCUUGUGGAAGAAUAGGCUUAUGUAAUGAUAACACUUUAACCUCAUCAUCAUCACCAUCAUCAUCUUCACCUGUUUGUUCUUGUCCUUCAAAUUUCCAUGGUGUAUCGGGUAAUCUCGGUGGUUGUGUUCCGAACGAUGGAUCGCGUUCUUUGCCAUUAGCUUGUAGUAAUUCUUCUACCAAUAAUCAUAGUCAAUCGGAUUCUUCGGUUGUUUCGUUUUUGAGCAUAGGCUAUGGUGUGAGAAAUUCAUCUGGUUCUUGUUACAUGAUUGAAAAUGAAUUGGGAUCAAUUAGUAAUCGAGGUGAAGUAGACAUGUUAGGCUUGAUUAAAACUAAUAAAGUUUGGAUUGAUAUUGAUGAUGAUGACGAACAAGAUUCUCAAAAAGAUGGAUUUCCUGUUAUUGCUGCAGUGCUAUUACCAUGUGGUGGAAUGAUUCUUUUGCUGGUUUUGGGUUUUUUUCUUUUCUGGAGAAAAUUCUUAAAAUCAAAGAAACAAGAGGUGAUAUUAGGGAAACAAGUCUCAAUCUCGCAUUCUUCGGGGGACUUGGAUUCGGAUCCUUUCUGCAUUCCUGGUUUACCUAUGAGGUUUGAUUAUGAAGAACUUGAGGUUGCUACUGAUAACUUCAAGACUCUGAUAGGAUCCGGUGCAUUUGGCGUAGUCUACAAAGGUGUGCUACCUGAUAAGACUAUCGUAGCAGUGAAAAAAAUAAUCAACAUUGGUAUUCAAGGGAAGAAAGACUUCUUCGCCGAGAUUGCUGUUAUUGGAAACAUUCAUCAUAUUAACUUGGUUAGACUCAAAGGCUUCUGUGCUCAAAGGGGACACCGGAUGCUGGUCUACGAAUACAUGAACCGCGGCUCUCUUGAUCGAAACAUCUUCGGUGGGAGUGGACAACCGGUUUUGGAAUGGCAAGAGAGACUAGACGUUGCGCUUGGAACAGCGCGCGGACUAGCUUAUCUUCAUAGUGGAUGUGAGCAAAAGAUAAUUCACUGUGAUAUCAAACCAGAGAACAUUCUUCUGCAUGAUCAGUUUCAAGCUAAGAUAUCUGAUUUCGGACUUUCGAAGCUUCUUAGUCCUGAACAAUCUGGUUUAUUCACAACAAUGAGAGGAACUCGCGGUUAUCUUGCUCCGGAAUGGCUAACAAAUUCAGCAAUAUCUGAAAAAACUGAUGUAUACAGUUUCGGAAUGGUGCUUCUUGAACUGAUCAGCGGUAGAAAAAACUGUUCAUUCAGAUCAAGAAGUCACAGCAUGGAUGAUGAACACAACAACAGCAGUGGCAACAAUAACGGAACUUCAUCGAACUCGUCAACGACAGAACUUGUUUAUUUUCCAUUAUUUGCAUUAGAGAUGCAUGAACAAAAGAGUUACAUGGAUUUAGCUGAUCCAAGGCUAGAAGGACGUGUUACGUUUGAUGAAGUUGAGAAACUUGUUCGUAUUGCAUUGUGUUGUGUUCAUGAAGAUCCAGUGCUUAGACCAAACAUGGUUAGUGUUGUUGGAAUGUUGGACGGUGGAACACCAUUGCCACAACCUAGGAUGGAGUGUUUGAAUUUCUUGAGAUUUUAUGGUCGUAGGUUUUCCGAGGCUUCUGUUAUAGCUGAAGAAAAUGAACAUGGUUCUGUAAGGAUUCAACAACCACGUGAUUCAACUCGAGUGGUUAGUGGGUUUUCUUACAUAUCUUCACAACAAAUCUCUGGGCCAAGAUAG